UAUGAGAUGAGUUGCGACUGGGUCCUCCUAUAUAAACGCUACUCACUUAUCCAAAAGGCAUCAUUCACUCCUCAUCAACUUCACAAAAAACAUUAACCAACCAACCAACUAGAAAAAUCCGAACUCGGAACUUCAAAACUUCACCAUGAUUGCCAAGUUUGUCGGACUUCUUGCCUUCAUCGCGGCUGCCAACGCCGGAGGAAUCGCCGCUCCAGUUGCGACCUACGCCGCUGCCCCAGUGGCAACUUAUGCCGCUGCUCCAGCCGUCGCUUACGCCCAACCGGCCGUCGCCACCUACGCCGCCGCCCCAGCCAUCGCCAAGGUAGCGUAUCAACAACAACUAUAUCAACCAGCACAACACUACUCUGCUCAUGCCGUUGCUGCUCCAGUCGCUUAUGCUGCCCCAGCCUAUGCUGCUGCCCCAGCUCUUGGUUACGCCCACGCUGCUCCAGCUCUUGGUUACGCCCACGCCCCAGCCAUCGCCAAGGUCGCCGCUCCCGUCGCAACUUAUGCCGCUGCUCCAGCCGUCGCUUACGCCCAACCUGCCGUCGCCACCUACGCCGCCGCCCCAGCCAUCGCCAAGGUAGCGUAUCAACAACAACUUUAUCAACCAGCACAACACUACUCUGCUCAUGCCGUCGCGGCUCCAGUCACCUAUGCCGCCCCAGCCUAUGCCGCCGCUCCAGCUCUCACUUACGCCCACCCAGCCCCAGCCAUUGCUAAGGUCGCUGCCCCAUUGGCUUAUGCCGCCCCAGUCGCCAAGGUAGUGUCUCCAGUCGCUUAUGCAGCAGCCCCACAAUACCACCAUCACUAUGCUGCCCCAGCCGUCGCCGCUCCAGUCGCCACCUACGCCGCUGCUGCUCCCGUCGCUUACGCCGCCCCAGUCGCCAAGCUUCACCACGCCGGUCCAGUCGUCGCCAAGGCUGUUGCCCCAGGACUUCUCGGAGUUGCCUAUUCCGCCGUUGCCCCAGGAGUCGCUACUCUUCACUUUGACGGAUUCGGAGUGAAAUACGCUUACUAAACGGUAGCAGAAGACGAACACAAAUAAUAUGAGACUUUCUCCAUCUCUUUUAUCUACUUUCUACUCGACUAUCGUCUCUUUUCACCCAACACUUAUCGGCAACACUCUCUCUCUCUUACACCCAUAAGAAGAAGAUAAGGCCACAGUCAUGUCGUCAUCAGUAUUCCCUUCAAGGCUCAGUCUCCGUUGAGCGUCCCUUGACAUAAAAAGAACCCUUAUUAUUAUUUCUCCGCUUUAGACACAUCUGCUCAAAAAACUAUACUUGGUUCUCUUCGCUUCAUCACUAUGUACUUUUAUUUAUUUAAAUAAAUCAAAACAGUUGACAUAAAAAAA